AUGCCUGGACAGCUGCGUACCCGUCUACGGCGCGUCUUAACCGGCUCGCCAGACGAGGGCGGGCCCCUCAGCAAGUUCAAGGCCAGGCACGCAAAGUCGAACCUCCCUGAAAGCGACUUCUACCUGCCCGGCGAGAAGAUGCCACCGCUAAAGUACCGCCGUCCAGUCGACCCCGAGCAUAAGAAGCGCCUCGAGUCUUUCAACUUCAGCACAGCAUGGCGUCGGAGAAGCCACACCAGCCUGUACUCGCCAAUGGGAAGCAAAUUGCCGAGUCGCAGGAACAGCUGCAGGAGUAGGCGGAGUCGCAGCCGCAGCAUGCACAGGAGUCGGAGAUCCAGUUUCUCGAGCGAGUACGAUGCUGAAGAUUGGGUCGACAGCGGCAUUGGCGCGAGCAUUGCUGGCGAUGAGCGGCCUGCCAACAUCAGAGAGGCCAGUGAUGAUGAGGGUGACGUCCUUAAUGUUGGCCUCUCCCGCAAUCCAACAGAAGAUCCUCGCGACGCUCGUCGGAAACAGUCAACAGCUGCUCGCCGCGAGAGCAUAUCACGCCCAGGCACAGGUUCUGACCGCACUCGCAACGCCUCACAACCCUUUUCACCCGAAGAACUCGAACAAGCCCUCGCCAAAUCGCAUCUGGAAGCCACCAAAGAGGAAUCAGACAGGAGCGCGGCAGAAACGCCCUUUGGCGAAUUCGAUGACCCGAGUCCCUUCCUCCGACCCCGUGGUGGUUCCAUCUACGUGGCAUAUGACGGACAGGGUACGCCGCCAAAACUGCCCUUCUGGGGCACUGCGUACCCGUCCGUCAACGAUGAGCUAAGCUCUGGCCACUUUUCACGACGGUGCUCGGUUGUUGGGCUAGAAGAUGGGGCAUGCUCUCCGCAAUUCGAAAGCCGUGAAACAGUCGUCCUGCCAAUAGACGCCCCCGGUCUAACGCAAGCCCGCCAGGCAUCUCUCCUCGUGACGGCAGAAGAGCCAUGUGUCUGUCCUGCGCCGGCCGAACCGCCCAAACGAAAAGCCCAACCUUGUGCUCCUUGCGAUGCCAUCGCUGCCAUCCUUGCGAGGCCAGACUAA